AUGUUACCGUAUUCUGAGAAGGUUCUGGGAAUUUUAUUGGAAUCUGAAACUCCCCUGUUUUUCGUCCUAAUUUUGUUUCUGUUUUUGUUUAAAGUUUGUGAAAGCGAUCAAAAAUUGAAAGUUCUAUAUCAAGAAAAAGAGGAACUUCUUAGAAUUUUAUGGGAAAAUGAUAAAGAAAAGUCUAAAGUUGAUUCAGAGGAUUCAGAAGAAGAUGAUUCUGAUUACCAGCUUCCUUAUGUUUCCGAUUCUGAAGUUCAGGAAAAUUCGUUAUUGAAACAAAAAGCUGAAAACAUUAUUUUUUUUAAUUCCAAAAAAGUAACACAACGAAACAUUGUAUGUCAUUGGAAUUCUUCAGAGGAAGACGAAUCUGGAUACAACACCGACCCAGACAGAGAAUGGGAAUUAUACAAAAUCUAUCAUGCUCCUGCCGGGCCUGUCCCUCUAGAUAAGAUCUAUUUGACAUUCACCUGUCAGUUCACUGAUCUCUAUGUGAAAGCUGUGGUGGAUGCGGAUCAUUCUCUUAUUUAUAUUCUAUCGUACGAUAGAAAUGAAAAUAAUCAAUGGGAAUGGAUGGAAACAAAAUGCUUGAGUUGUAUUGAAAAAGUUCGGAGAGUUCUGGCUGAUGGAGGAUGCACUGUUCCGUUUGCAAUGGACGCACCAGACGUCAUGGAGUCGGAAUCCGACGAUGAUGAUGUGAUUUCGGUCAUCGAGAUGCCUAUUGGACCUCGUCUUGUUGUCUGA